CCUACUUUUCUUAGUUCAGUGUUUUUUUUUUUUUUUUGUUUCUCGCAAGUUCUUUUCUUAGUCUAGUUGAAUAUGGGUGUUGUGAUAUAUACCCAGGAGUUCACAUGUGCUAUCCCUCCGGCCAGGAUGUUCAAGGCUUUGAUCCUUGACUCACACAACCUGUGCCCCAAGCUCAUGCCUCAAUCAAUAAAGAGCAUCGACAUUCUCGGAGAUGGAGGGGUUGGAACCAUCAAACAGACCAACUUCACUGAAGCCAGUCCCUACAAAUAUGUGAAGCACCGAAUAGAUGCACUGGACAAAGAAAACUUCAUCUGCAAGAACACUAUGAUAGAAGGUGAUGCCUUAGGAGAUAAGCUUACAUCGGUUGUUUAUGAAGUUAAAUUUGAGGCAUCGGCUGAUGGAGGAUGCAUUUGUAAGAUGUCAAGUGAGUACCAUACUGUUGGUGAUGCCCAAUUCACAGAAGAGGAUGUCAAGGCUGGCAAAGAAGGAGCUCUGGGUAUGUACAAGGCCGUGGAAGCUUACCUCUUACAAAAUCCUGACGCCUAUGCUUAAUCUGUUACUUUAAUUUAAUUGUUGGGUUACAUAUUCAGCACCCAUGCCAGUCUUUUGUUCUUAUUUUGUUGCGUCUUGUGUGUGUUUUUCCCUUUGCCUUCAGUCUUCUUUCUCUUUCUUUUAGAGGCAAAAUUGCUUUGCCUUUGGCUUGGCGUGAAUAAUAAGUAUUCUGUGUUAUAGUGGAAAAACGAAGUUGUUAUCAAUUAAUCAACAGGUGAUCCUCGCCUCUUUCAUUUAUCAAUGUUAUAUGUUACAUUACCC